GGAGGGAAAUCAAUCCCUAAUUGAUUCAUUCGUUCUUCAUCGGCGAAAGCAACACAGAGCCGCCGCCUCGAUCGCUCUUAACCUCCUCCAGUCUCCGGCGACCCGUCUGCUCCGCCAUCCAUCGGCCGCUUCCUCCUCUCUUCUCCGUAAUCUCAUGGUCUGCCAGCCGGAAGAGAUCUUCUGUCGAUUCUGAGCCUUUCUAGCUGCGAGACACCUGCGGCGACGGCGGUAAAUUGCGAAACUGCAAGAGAACCUUAACCGGAGGCGAUCAGCUCUAUCCACGUCGUUAUCCUCAUCGCUGAGCGAAGAAAUAUCUACGGAGAAGCCUCUGUUAAAACUUGCAACCCUUUGUUCUUACUAUUCAGGUCUCUGAAAUAUUGAUCUUAGCUGGUAUCUUAUUGGGAUCGUUGAUUCCUCAUAGACGAUGGCUGGCAGAAUAAUUGCAAAUCUGAUUGUUGUGGGUUCAGGAGUGUUGGUGAGGGCAUUUGCUCAGGCUUAUCGUCAAGCGCUUCAAAAUGCUUCAAAGAAUGGUGUUGCACGUGAAGCAGUGGAGAACAUGAAGAAAGUGGGCAAGACGAUGAGCGAGUCAGAGGCCAGGCAGAUUCUCGGAGUCUCUGAAAAUGCAUCAUGGGAGGAGAUUCUGAAGAAAUAUGAUUCAUUGUUUGAGAACAAUGCUAAGAAUGGCAGCUUCUACCUGCAAUCGAAGGUGUUCAGAGCUAAAGAAUGCCUUGAAAGUGCAGUCAAGAAGGAUGGUGAGUAAAUUUGAGCUGAUGAAAAAGUUUCACACUCUUCAUCUCGCCUCCCAACCUGCAGGUGCACAUAUACUUAGAAUGACGCAUUAGCAAUAGCUCAGAAGUGUUAACUGUGAUGUGUAUCGAAUGUCGAGAAUCGUCCAAUCCCAUGACCAUGGUUUGUGAUAGUCUACCGCAUAGGCUGGUUUUAUCUGUUAAACCAAACUGAUGACUGAGUCAGUAUGGGUUUGUUACAGUUUGUACUUUGUACCGAUUUUUUGCUGUCAUAUACCUUGAACUGUUAGCCUCAUAGUUUGGGGUUUGAGAGAAUAAUAAAGAAGGGGAGUGGGAGUUCGCAAUGUGGACUUUCCGCCCCCUUUUUCAAGUGAUGGGUCUCUUGGAUUGGAUCUCCUUUUGUUCCGUGGGCUUGGAUUAAAAUGAUCUCAGACUCUCUGGUGGAUUUGGAUCCAUUUCUGUAAUCCUUGAAUUCUCUUACCACGUUCCCUAGUUGUUGAGUAGUA